UGUUUUGUUGAUGAGAAUGUCUACUAAAUCAAGAAAGAGCUUGUCGUCAUGGCAACAAUGCGACAAGUGUCAAUGUGCUUUGGCGCAAAAGGAUAUUUCUGUGCACGAAGUAAGCUGUCCACCUUCUACCGAAAAUUGGGAUCAUCCAUUCGUCCUUAAUGGAGUUGUGCAUAGCACAAUAGAAGUCUUCCAAACACAAGAAUUACCCAAACGAAUUUCUGAGAAGGAUGCUAAUGAUAUGGUAUUUAUGUCACAGUUUUCUUUACAACUGUGCGAGAUUGCAAUUGGAUCACCGACUGUUAUUGUGACGAAAGAUGAGGUAGUUGUGAAAACAGCCUGGCCGACUAACGAUAAAAGUUUGACAAGUGUCUCUUUAACAAAACAUGCCAUUGAACUAAAUAAUCUGUCAGGAUUAACCAAAAUAUAUCCUUUGACGUCUACUGUCUAUAUUGCUAAGGAAAUUGUAAUUAGUCAACAAGGAAAACGUUUGUCUGAUGUAACUGUGGAACUUGAUAAUAUUCUAAAAUAUUUUAAUGAACACAAGAUAUUUACCAUGGGCAAUAGAAUAAGUGUACCAUAUUAUGGAAAAAAGUUGAUAUAUAAAAUUGUUGAAAUCAAAACAGAGGAAAGCAAGAGAAAGCAAGUCGAAACAGUGGAUGUAGACUAUCUAUCGAAUGCUUUUAAAGAAAUAAAUGUAACAUCUCCUUCUGCAAAAGUAGUUUUUUAUAAAGCGCUCUAUACGACAAAGUGGACAAUUCUGGAUAAGAAUAAAGAAAAUGUUGCAAAGGAAAGGUAUAAUAUUGAAGAUAUAGGUGGAUACAACAAUCUUAUAUCUGACAUAAGAGACAUAGUGGCAAUAGGCAUUGGCAAGUAUAAAAAUAUCGAACGCUUUAAUAUCUGCAAAGGGAUUUUAUUAUUUGGCCUCUCUGGCGUUGGUAAAUCUAUGAUAGCCAACGCUAUAAUCUCUGAAUGUAACGUUAAUACAUUUACCGUGUACAGUUCAGAUAUUUACAGUAAAUCUGUUGGUGAAACGGAGAGUAAACUUAAAGAGGUGUUCGGCAAAGCGAUAUCAAGCGCUCCCAGCAUAAUACUGUUGGAAGAUGUGGAUAGUCUAUGUCCUAAGAGAAACAGUUCCAGUACAGAUCACGAGAAGAGGGUCCUUGCUCAAUUAAUAACGCUUUUUGAUGAUCUGCAAAAUACCAACAGUAAUGUGUUAGUAAUGGCUACCACUGCAAAGUUAGAUAUUGUGGACAGCUCUUUAAGGAGACCUGGGAGAUUGGACAUGGACUUCGAGAUUUAUGUACCGACUCCAGACAUGCGUAAGGAAAUAUUGAUAAAGUUACUUUCGAAAAUUCCCAAUACACUUUCAUGUGAAGAUAUACAGAAUAUUUCAUUUAUUACUCAUGGCUUCGUUGGUGCGGACCUGUACGGUUUAUGCUCCAGAGCGAUAAUCAACGCUGUGAAAUGCUAUCAGAAGAAUAAGGCUACGUCCGACGAUGAACCAAAUGACCCAAAUGAACCAAAGGUGACAAUGACCGAUUUUAGUUACGCUCUGACUACAAUAAAGCCUUCAGCUAUGAAAGAAGUUCUGGUAGAGAUACCGAAUGUGAGGUGGUCUGACAUCGGUGGACAAGAAGAUUUGAAGUUGAAAUUGAAGCAAGCUGUCGAAUGGCCGUUGAAACAUCCCGAAGCCUUCAUAAGAAUGGGCAUUACGCCUCCUAGAGGCGUUUUAAUGUUCGGACCGCCUGGAUGCUCGAAAACCAUGAUCGCGAAAGCACUCGCUACUGAGAGUAAAGUUAACUUUUUGAAUAUUAAGGGCCCGGAGCUGUUCUCCAAAUGGGUAGGCGAGUCUGAGAAGGCUGUAAGAGAAGUAUUCCGAAAGGCAAGACAAGUAGCACCGUCCAUCAUAUUUAUCGACGAGAUAGACGCACUAGGUGGUGAAAGGGGUUCGUCUUCUGGUGGCAGUGGAAGUAACGUGCAGGAACGAGUAUUAGCUCAACUACUAACUGAACUUGAUGGCGUUACCGCUCUAGGAAGCGUCACAUUGGUAGCUGCUACUAAUCGACCGGAUAAAAUUGACAAAGCACUUCUCCGACCUGGUCGAUUAGACCGUAUCAUACAUGUGGGAUUGCCAGACGAACAGACCAGACAAGAAAUAUUCGAGAUAAAAUUGCGACAUAUGAACAUUGCAAAGGAUGAAAUAAAUUUUGUGGAUCUGAUCAGUUUAACAGAAGGUUACACCGGCGCGGAAAUUCAAGCGAUAUGCCAUGAAGCUGCCUUGAAGGCGUUGGAGGAGGACAUUAAUGCUACCCUUGUUACCAAAAAACAUUUUAUUGCCGCAUUUAGAGUCAUCACUCCUAGAACGCCCAUUUCUCUCAUUAAGAUUUACGAGGAAUAUACGAAUAAAGUUUUAUAA